AAAAUAUCCAAACAUUAAGUUUUGGCAAAAUUAUCAAUAAAUGAAAUGAGAAUAUUAACGGAUAUACAAAUUUCUAUGAUAUCGUGUCCCGGAGUUCGCAUCUCUUCGUACAAAACAAAACUUUAUUUACGGAUAAAACUAUUUAACUGUUUAGCGAUUAGCUCUCAAUUCAAGCCUAAAUUUCCUGUUAUUCUUUACGAACACUUCUAUUUCGAUCAACACUUUGAUUCCCGCAAUAAUAAACAACUUUUAGAUUUGCUUUCAGACCAAGAAUUAGUGAUUGAAUUAAUGGACGAAAAGAAUCUAAUUCUUUGCAAAUACGAGUCAAAAGCAAACGAUUUCUUGUAUCCGAGACCUCAGUUGCGACCGAAGUAUAGCCAAUCGAGUCGUUCACUACUUAUGGAUUGUUGUCUUCUUCCGAUUGCACCCAAACUUGAGUUUAAUAUCAUUAAUACAAUCACCGAAGAUGUGGAAGAAUGUGAUACAGAUAUUGAUAUCAAUACACUUGAAUCCGAUUCUAUUGAAUCAGAUCUAGAAUCAGAAGAAAACAGUCCUCUUCAAUCUCUUCGUCUGUCCUCAAAGUCUCGAUACGUUUACGGCGGGAGAGCCAUAGCCGACGGUCGGCCUCUGUCUGGCAGUCCUCCAGAAGUGUCGGCAAUUGGAUUAUGGAUUGCGGUUCGGAGUGUCUGA